AGUUUAUCACAGAGCUGGGGGAAGGUGCUGAAGCGGAGGAAGAAGUGGUCCCAUCGGACGGUGGGAAGUCGCGGGAAUGAGUGGAGGCCGUGAGGGCGUGUCGGUGGCACUAGCGGCGGGCCCCGCUAAAGUCCCAGGCCGAACCUCUGCGUUCUGAGGCAGAACCUGGCCGUUGGUGGGCGCCUCGGGCGGAGUUAACGAAUCCCGAGUGUUGUGAUUUGUCAUAGUGUUGCCAGGGCAGGGGUUCCAGGGCGUUUGGCGGGGUCGGCCGGCGGCGCUGGACUCUCUUCUGGGGUCGUCUUCUCAACCCGCAGCGAUGUCGUCCUGGUUUGGGGGCCUCGGCUCCGGCUUGAGCCAGUCUCUGGGUCAGGUCGGGGGCAGCCUGGCUUCCUUCACCGGACAGAUUUCAGACUUCACCAAGGACAUGCUGUUGGAGGGCACGGAGGAAGUGGAAGCAGAAUUACCUAAUUCUAUGAGAAAGGAAAUUGAAGCCAAUCAUGCACUCUUAAGAUCAGAGAAUGAAAGACUUAGAAAACUUUGUACUGAUCUAGAAGAGAAGCAUGAAGCAUCAGAACUUCAAAUAAAGCACCAAUCUACAAGUUACCGAAAUCAACUACAACAGAAAGAGGUAGAAAUCAGCCACCUUAAAGCAAGACAGAUUGCUCUACAGGAUCAGUUGCUGAAACUACAGUCAGCCACUCAGUCAGUACAUUUGGGAACUGGCGGCCUACCAGUAACGACAGCAUCUUCUUCAUUCGGCUAUGGGACCAGUCAUCAUGCUUCAGCUUUCCAUGAUGAUGACAUGGACUUUGGGGACAUCAUUUCAUCACAACAGGAAAUAAACAGAUUGUCAAAUGAAGUUUCAAGACUUGAGUCUGAAGUUGGCCAUUGGAGGCAUAUUGCUCAGACUUCCAAAGUGCAAGGAACAGAUAGCUCUGAUCAAAGUGAAAUCUGCAAACUGCAAAAUAUCAUUAAGGAACUUAAACAGAAUCUGAGUCAGGAAAUUGAUGACCAUCAACAUGAAAUGUCAGUAUUGCAGAAUGCACAUCAACAAAAAUUGACAGAAAUAAGUCGUCGGCAUCGAGAGGAAUUAAGUGACUAUGAAGAACGAAUUGAAGAACUUGAAAAUCUGUUACAACAAAGUGACUCAGAAGUAGCUGAUCGCUCUAAAAUGUAUGAGAUGCAAAAAACCAUUCAAGUUCUACAAACAGAAAAAGUAGAGGCUACAAAAAAACUGGAAGAACUUGAGGACAAAAUAAAAGACAUAAAUAAAAAAUUAUCUCUUGCAGAAAAUGACAGAGAUGUUUUGAGAAAAGAGCAAGAACAACUAAAUGAGGAAAAGAGACAAAUAACUGAAGAAUGUGAAAGGUUGAAAUUGGAAUGUAGUACAUUGCAUCUGAAUGCUCUGGAGCAGAGUGAUACUCUAAGAGAAAAGGAAGGAAUUCUUCCACACAGUACAUCAGUGGAAGAAGUGUUGAGACUACAGCAAGCACUGUCUGAUGCUGAAAAUGAAAUAAAGAGGCUGAAUAGUUUAUACCAGGAUAACAGUCUUGCUGAGGACAAUCUGAAACUUAAAAUGCAUGUCCAAGUUUUAGAAAAAGAGAAGUCAUUAUUGAGUCAAGAAAAGGAAGAAUUUCAGGUAUCUCUUGUAAAAUUGAACAGCGAAUAUGAAGUACUUAAAAGUACAGCCAUGAGAGACAUAAAUUUGGAUUCAGAAUUACAUGACUUAAGACUUAAUCUACAGGCAAAAGAACAAGAACUCAAUCAGAGUAUUAAUGAAAAGGAAGUAUUGAGAGCUGAGUUAGAAGAAUUGGACAAACAGAACCAAGAAGCUACCAAGCACAUGAUUCUGAUAAAAGAGCGGCUGUCCAAACAACAAAAUGAAGGAGAUAGCGUCAUCAGUAAGCUGCAGCAAGAUCUUGAUGAUGAAAAGAAGAGAGUGCAUCAACUUGAAGAUGAUAAAAUGAACAUCAUUAAAGAUUUAGUCGUGCAGAAAGAACAGUUAAGUCAAAGUGAACUUAUCCUAAAUGAUUUGCAUUUAACCAAGCAGAAACUCGAGAAUAAGGUAGAAGAUUUAGUUGAUCAACUAAAUAAAUCACAAAACAAUAAUGAAAGCAUCCAGAAAGAGAACCUUGAACUUAAGGAACACCUUAGACAAAGUGAGGAGGAGCUUUCUAGAGUCAAGAAUGAACUAAGUCAAUCUCCUCAAGACUCCAGCAGUAAUUUUGAGGAUGACUUACUUAAAGAAAAGGAAACUGAAGUUAGAAACUUAAAGCAAAAUCUUUCAGAAAUAGAACAACUUAAUGAAAAUUUAAAGAAGGUUGCUUUUGAUCUCAAGACGGAAAAUGAAAAGUUGGUUUUAACAGUGGAAGAUAUACGACAUCAAUUGGAAAAAUCUAUUGUUAGUAACAAUCAGAUUUCUCUGGAAAAAAACACCAUUAUGGAGACUUUAAAAAUGGAAAAAGAACAGUUAGAAGCAGAACUGUGUCAGGCUGAAAAGAGACUGUUGGAAGAGGCAAGCAGGUAUGAACAAACCAUUGAAGAACUGUCAAGUACACGUCAUUUGAACACCUCUGCCUUACACCUAGAACAUGAGCAUUUAAUUAAACUCAGUCAAGAGAAAGACCUUGAAAUUGCAAAACUCAGAAAGACUGUUGAGCAAAUGAAUACCAGUCAUAAAGAAACUAAGGACAUUUUGUCAUCUAGUUUAGAAGAGCAGAAGCGAUUGGCACAACUUCUACACGAGAAAGAAACUUUUAUUGAAAACCUUCAAGCAAGAAGUUCAGAACUGCAAGAGGAAUUAGAUAAAUCUUCUCAGGCCUUAAGAAAAAGUGAGAUUUUAAGGCAGACUGUAGAGGAAAAGGAUCGAAGUCUUGGAUUCAUGAAAGAAGAAAACAAUCAUCUUAAAGAAGAACUGGAACGACUCAAGGAGCAGCAGAGCCGAGCUGUACCUGUGACCGAGCCUAAAACCCUCGAUAGUAUUACAGAACUAGAAUCUGAGGUGUCACAGCUGAACACGAUCAAGGAUCAUCUUGAAGAGGAAAUUAAACAUCAUCAAAAGAUAAUAGAAGAUCAAAACCAGAGUAAGCUGCAACUACUUCAAUCUUUACAGGAGCAGAAGAAGGAAAUGGAUGAGUUCAGAUACCAACAUGAACAAAUGAAUGUCACACACACCCAGCUCUUUUUAGAGAAAGAUGAGGAAAUCAAGAAUUUGCAAAAAACGAUUGAACACAUUAAGACCCAGUUGCAUGAAGAAAGACAAGAUGUUCAGACAGAGAAUUCUGAUAUUUUCCAAGAAACAAAAGUUCAGAGCCUUAAUAUAGAAAAUGGAAGUGAAAAGCAUGAUUUAUCUAAAGCUGAAACUGAAAGAUUAGUGAAAGGAAUAAAAGAACGAGAACUAGAGAUUAAACUUCUAAAUGAAAAGAAUAUUUCCUUAACUAAACAGAUUGAUCAGUUGUCUAAAGAUGAGGUUGGUAAACUCACUCAGAUUAUCCAGCAGAAAGAUUUAGAGAUUCAAACCCUGCAUGCUAGAAUCUCUUCAGGUUCCUAUACCCAAGAUGUUGUUUACCUUCAGCAGCAAGUGCAGGCAUAUGCUAUGGAGAGAGAAAAAGUAUUAGCUGUUUUGAAUGAGAAGACUAGGGAAAAUAGCCACCUGAAAACAGAAUAUCACCAAAUGAUAGAUAUAGUUUCUGCCAAAGAGGCUGCCCUUGUUAAGCUGCAAGAAGAAAAUAAAAAAUUGUCUGCUAGAUUUGAAAGUAGUGGCCAAGAUAUGGUUAAAGAAACUAUCCAGAAUUUAUCACGCAUGAUUCGAGAAAAAGACAUCGAAAUAGAUGCCUUAAGUCAGAAAUGUCAGACUCUAUUAGCAGUUUUACAGACAUCCAGCACUGGUCCUGAGGCUGGAGGUGUCAACAGUAAUCAGUUUGAGGAGCUUCUACAGGAACGUGACAGAUUAAAACAGCAAGUAAAGAAGAUGGAUGAAUGGAAACAGCAGGUGAUGACCACCGUUCAAAACAUGCAACACGAAUCAGCCCAACUUCAGGAGGAACUUCAUCAACUUCAGGCACAAGUUUUGGUUGACAGUGAUAAUAAUUCUAAAUUACAAGUGGACUAUACUGGCCUGAUCCAAAGUUAUGAGCAGAAUGAAACCAAACUCAAAAAUUUUGGUCAGGAAUUAGCAGAAAUUCAGCUCAGCAUAGGGCAGCUUUGCAACACCAAGGAUCUCCUUUUAGGAAAACUCCAUGUUAUUUCACCCCAGCUCUCUUCAGGAUCAUUGCUUUCAGAGCCUCUUAAAGCUAGCCAACCUGAUGUAUUCAGUGAGUCUAAUCAGUUGUUUCAACAAGAGAUAGAACAGCUAAGAAAAUCACUACAGGAAAAAGAGGCAACAAUUAGAACUCUCCAAGAAAAUAACCACAGACUGUCAGAUUCAGUUGCUGCCACUUCAGAGCAAGAAAGAAAAGAACAUGAACAAACGGACUCAGAAAUUAGGCAGCUAAAGGAAAAACAAGAUGUUUUACAGAAGUUACUUAAGGAAAAAGACCUCUUGAUCAAAGCCAAAAGUGACCAAUUACUUUCUUCAAAUGAAAAUUUUACUAACAAAGUAAGUGAAAAUGAACUUUUGAGACAGGCAGUAACAAACCUGAAGGAGAGAAUAUUAAUUUUAGAAAUGGACAUUUGUAAGCUAAAAGGGGAAAAUGAAAAAAUAGUAGAAACAUCCAGAGAAAAGGAAACAGAGUAUCAAGCAUUGCAAGAGACUAAUGCAAAGUUUUCUAUGAUGCUGCGAGAAAAAGAGUUUGAGUGCCAUUCCAUGAAGGAAAAGGCUCUUGCUUUGGAGCAGCUGCUGAAAGAAAAAGAGCAGGGCAAGACUGGUGAGUUGAAUCAGCUUUUGAAUGCAGUUAAGUCAAUGCAAGAGAAGACAGUUAUAUUUCAACAGGAGAGAGAUCAAGUCAUGUUGGCCUUGAAGCAGAAGCAGCUGGAAAACAGUGCCAUGCAGAAUGAGGUUCAACAUUUACGUGACAAAGAAUCACGGUUAAACCAGGAGCUAGAAAGAUUGCGGAAUCAUCUUUUAGAAUCAGAAGAUUCUUACACCCGUGAAGCUUUGGCUGCAGAAGAUAGAGAGGCUAAACUAAGGAAAAAAGUCACAAUUUUGGAGGAAAAGCUAGUUUCAUCCUCCAGUGCAAUGGAAAAUGCAAGCCAUCAAGCCAGUGUGCAGGUGGAGUCACUGCAGGAACAGCUGAAUGUGGUCUCCAAGCAAAGGGAUGAAACUGCGCUGCAGCUGUCUGUCUCUCAGGAACAAGUAAAGCAGUACGCUCUGUCACUAGCCAACCUGCAGAUGGUGCUCGAGCAUUUUCAGCAAGAGGAAAAAGCAAUGUAUUCUGCUGAACUAGAAAAGCAAAAACAGCUUAUAGCUGAGUGGAAGAAAAAGGCAGAAAAUCUGGAAGGAAAAGUGGUAUCAUUACAAGAACAUUUGGAUGAAGCAAAUGCUGCACUGGACUCUGCAUCAAGACUUACAGAACAGUUAGAUCUAAAGGAAGAACAAAUUGAAGAACUUAAAAAGCAAAAUGACCUCCGACAAGAAAUGCUGGAUGAUGCACAAAAGAAAUUGAUGAACUUAGUAAACAGCACAGAAGGAAAAGUGGACAAAGUUCUAAUGAGAAACCUCUUCAUUGGACAUUUUCACACACCAAAAAAUCAGCGUCAUGAAGUGUUACGAUUAAUGGGAAGCAUCCUGGGUAUCAAGAGGGAGGAAAUGGAGCAGUUGUUAAAUCAAGAUCAUGGUGGUGUUACUAAGUGGAUGACUGGAUGGCUUGGAGGAGGAUCAAAAAGUGUCCCCAACACACCUUUGAGACCAAAUCAGCAAUCUGUGUUUAACAGUUCUUUUUCAGAACUUUUUGUGAAAUUUCUGGAAACAGAAUCUCAUCCAUCUGUUCCACCACCAAAGCUUUCUGUUUAUGACAUGAAACUUCUAGAUUCACCUGGAAGGAGAAAACUAGACACAAAUGUAUCAGACAGUUUUAAAGGUGUAACCGAAUCCAGGUCCGGUAGAAGAACAGAUGUGAACCCCUUCUUGGCUCCUCGCUCUGCAGCCGUGCCUCUUAUUAACCCAGCUGGGCUUGGACCUGGUGGGCCCGGGCAUCUUCUUUUGAAACCCAUCUCGGACGUUUUGCCCACAUUUACACCUUUGCCUGUGUCGCCUGACAACAGUGCUGGAGUUGUGUUGAAGGACCUUUUAAAACAAUAAAUAAUAUUCAAGCCACAGAUGAUGUAGCACUUUAAAGAAACCAUGAACAUUAUGUGUAUAUAUUUUUUCACAAAGUGGCCUUUUGGAAGAAGUCAUGUAUUUGUUUGCAGUUGUAUUUUCUUUAAAUUUAAUAAAAAAUACUUUAACGCUUUUAGGAAUUGCAAGGAUCAAGGA